AUUAAGCCCACAACUCGGGCAUGUGCCCUGACUGAGAAUCGAACCGGUGACCUUUUGAUGUAUGGGACAGUGCUCAACCAACUGAGCUGUUAUACCAGCCAGGCCGAGCAUGGUUUUUAUUAGCAUUUCCUAGGAGUGAGGUUGAGCUUCUUAUUUUUAAGGCCAUUUCUGUAUAUGAUCUUGAAUUGACUUCCUGCAGUGAUGAUUAUGAUACACUAGAGGCCCAGUGUAUGAAAUUCGUGCACGGGUAGGGUCCCUAGGCUUGGCCAGCGAUCAGGGCCUUCCUUCCCUGGCUGCCUACCGCAGGCCAGGGCCUUCGUUUGUUCUGAACUGCCCGCUGGUGGUCAGCACACAUCAUAGCAAGCGAUCAAACUCCCCGUCUCCCAAUUGAACUCCCCGAGGGGACCCUUUGUAUAUUAGCCAUAUAUAUAGCCAGUGGUGAAAAUAAUGUUUUAAUAGGGGAGGAAAGGCAGGAUAUGAUUGUUAUUAGAAAAAGGACUUUUGGAUUCUCUUUUUCCUAUUUAUGAAUUUUCACAUAUUCAGAAUUUAUUCGUAUAGAAUGGAUUCUGAAAGUUCAUUUGUUUUGUUACUCUUUUGGAGGCCUGCAGUGUGUGAUUGAUACAGUCAAGGCAUCCAGGCCUUUCUGCCCUCAUGCCUUUUCCACCUUUUUCAAGAAAGCAUAGAUUGUUAUGCAUUCUCUUUGAACUGCUUCAAAGGAUUGUAAACAUUGCUCAAAUUUUGCCCAAAGGCCUGGUCAUAUAUUUACUAGAUAUUUGCUAAACUAGUCUUUAGUUAGUAUAAGUUGAUUUCUAUAAAUGUUUUUGCUUUCAUUUAGCAUGUUCUACAAAAUGCUAGACACUUUAUUUCAUGAUGCUGUUUUUUGUCUCCAACUUACCUGUUGUGUCUGUUCUUUUUGGCACUUUUUGUGUCAGUAAGCAUUCUGUUUAGUGAAGGUUGGGAGAACUGUUUUGAGCUUUUUGGUAGUAAUGUCAGUUUGUUUGCAUUCUGAACUAAAACCCCUCUCCUUAAGAGGGUAGAAACUAAUGACUCAGAGGACAAUGCUUUAUACAGCUAUUAAUGCCAUUAAAUAUUGUGUUGGCAAUAGUUUGUGAACAUUAUUGUUUAAUUUCUUAAAAUUUCAUAUUGUGGGAACUACAGGAGAAGCAUAUAGUAAAAUACUCACCGGAGAAUAAAGAUAAAAGUAAGUGUGCCUAGUUGAAAGAACAACAGGCAGAAUGAGGGUAGAAACUAAUGACUCAGAGGACAAUGCUAUAUUCUGAAAGCCAAGUUGACAAGGAAGUAGAUACCCAGUGACUCAUAAAUACAGAACCAAAAUGUUCUCUGUCAAAUGUAAUGGAUUUUUCAAGCAAGAACAACCUCUUUGCUUUCGGGACAGUCUUUAUUUGGAUGGUUUGGCUGACUUGCAUUUUAAUUUUUUCAUUGAGCCAAAUGUUCUGUGAGUAUUUAGGCUAGCUACCCAGCACUAUGCUAGAUGCAGGGAUACAGUGAUGUGGAUGCAUAGCAGACUGUUCCUGCUUGCAUGACACUUAGAUUCUAAUGAGAGAAAUAGAGACAUUAAUCACAUGAGGAACCUAUAACUACAGAAUGAAAUAAGAACUCUGAAAGGAGACAUUGUUCUCUCUGUGUGUAAUUGUGUUUGUGGUGGGAGCAGAUUGGAGUAAUAGAAAUUCAGAAGCAUUUCUAAGAGAAAUUUUCAUUUGAGAGGUGCAGGAUAAAUGAGAGUUAAUCAAGGGAAGGUAGAGGAGAAGAAUGGUAGGUGGAGAGGAUUUUUCCAGGCAGGGUAUCAGAAUAUGUUUUCAGAAGACAGAAGAAUAAAAAUUAGACCUUGGUUUCUCUUUUAGAGCUCUGGUUUAUGUAAAUAUUUAUAUUUCUUUUCCAAUACUUGGUGAUAUUUAAACAUGCUUAACUAGGCCCAGUUUAACUGUGGAAUAUUCUUGCACUUUUUUUUUUUUUUAAUUAGGGAAACUGAUAUGUGUGAAAAUUUGAGGCAAGGGGAGCGCUGAAUGAGUUUAUUAUUAAGAUGUUAUGGGAAGAAAAGACAGUGUACUCAGGCACCAGGGUUUGAAAGUAUUCUUGAAGGGCUGUUUGGACCUGCAUUUUUAAAAGAUCUCAGUUUAUUUAAAGACUGUCAACCUGAAAGCAUUUCUGAUUGGACUUUUGAUGAAAAUUGUCUAUUCUGUUGCUUGAGAAGAGAUAAAGUAAAGGGACACUUAGUCGGUCUGGAUGAACCAGCUUCAGGAGCUGGGCGGGAAGCUCUGCUUAAACAAGAGCAAGCAAAAAUCAUUCGAUUCGAGAAACAAGCAGAAGAGUUCCUCAAUGCAGUCUUUUAUAGAAAAGUACAUUGUCCCACUUUAAAAGUAAAUAAAUCUUUGUUUACAGACAGUCCCUGGGUCUCCGACCCCAAUAUUCCCCUAGUGGCCCGUGAGAUCAUGCAGCGAAUGAUCCAACAAUUUGCUGCUGAAUAUACCUCAAAAAAUAGCUCUACUCAGGACCCCAGCAAGCCCAAUAGCACAAAGAACCAAAGCCUGCCGAAAGCAUCUCCAGUCACCACCUCUCCCACGGCUGCAACUACUCAGAACCCUGUGCUCAGCAAACUUCUCAUGGCUGACCAAGACUCACCUCUGGACCUUACUGUCAGAAAGUCUCAGUCAGAACCUAGUGAACAAGACGGUGUACUUGAUCUAUCCACUAAGAAAAGUCCAUGUGCUGGCAGCACUUCCCUGAGCCAUUCUCCAGGCUGCUCCAGUACUCCAGGGAACGGUGAGAACGCAACAGAGGCAAUAGCAGUAGAUUCUAACAAUCAGUCGAAGUCCCCCCUGGAGAAGUUUAUGGUCAAAUUGUGCACUCAUCAUCAGAAGCAGUUCAUUCGUGUUCUGAACGAUCUGUACACCGAAUCUCAGCCAGACACCGAGGACCUACAACAUUCUGAUUCUGGAACAAUGGAUGCAUCCACUUGCAAUGCUGGCUGUGCCCAGCUAGGCACCAGACAUAAGGAAAAUGAUGCUCUGUGUCUCGAUAUGAAGUCUCCUCAUUCUGUAGAUUUGAUAGACUCAUCAGGCUCUCACAGUCCUCUACCCUUGGCAGAAAAGGCCCUGAAGGAGCCUCCUCCUGAGACGAACUCUGUAGAUGGAAGAGAGAAUGCCUUGACUAAUGUACAGAAAGAUCUCUCUGAACUUCCAACCACUAAACCUAAUUCUGGGAGUUCAACGGAUAGUUCCACUCUGGGAUACCUUAGUACAUCUAAUUCUUCCCCGUUCAACCUCCAUCACACCUCUGAGAGCGUGGAGGGGCAAACCACUGGACAGGAGCAAGACACAAAUGUGAAAGUAUGUGAGGAUGGUAAAGACCAUAUGCAGAGUUCAGCUUUAGUAGAAAGUCUGGUUGCAGGAAAAUCGGCAACUGAGACUAGUGAGGAGAACAGCACCUGUAUUGUUUCUCAAAGACAUUCAUUCAGAGCUUUAUCAGAAGAGGCUUGGGACUCGGGGUUUACAGGGAAUUCAUCUAGAACUGCUGACAAAGAGAAUACUUUACAAUGUAGCUCCAGAAUGCCUUUGCGCCAGGAUUUAGAGGCAAGUGAACAAGAUUCAAGGCCAAAGCAAGAGAACCAUCUUCACUCACUAGGAAGAAAUAAGGUGGGUUACCAUUUGCAUCCCAGCGAUAAGGGCCAGUAUGAUCAUUCCAAAGAUGGUUGGUUAGCCCCCAGCCCCAUGCCAGCUGUGCACAAAGCAUCCAAUGGACACUCUCGAACCAAGAUGUUAUCAGCCUCCAUCAAGACAGCUCGGAAGAGUAAAAGGGCAUCAGGGCUGAGGAUAAAUGAUUAUGAUAACCAAUGUGAUGUCGUUUAUAUCAGUCAGCCAAUAACAGAAUGCCACUUUGAGAAUCAGAGAUCGAUGUUGUCUUCUCGGAAAACAGCUAGAAAAAGUACUCGAGGAUACUUUUUCAAUGGUGAUUGUUGCGAGCUGCCGACUGUUCGCACACUGGCCAGAAACUUACACUCCCAAGAAAAACCAAGCUGCUCGACACUGGCAUCAGAGGCAGUGGUCACUCCCAAACAGACCCUCAUCAUUUCAGCCCCGAGACCUACGGUGGAUGUGCAGCUUCCCAGAGAGGACAACGCUGAAGAGCCUAGUGAAGAAAUAACCUCCCCUAAGGAAGGAGACAGCGAUGUUUCAUCUGAGAAGAAAUCUCAAGAGCCUGAGGUUUGCCCCACAGUGAACCAAUCCAAUCCAACCAGCUCCCCAAGGUCAGAGGAAGCAACAGCCUCCAGCCUGGCAUGGCCUCUCCCAGCUCACCUUCCGGAAGAGGCCAUGCCCGAAGGCAGCUCCAUGGUUGCAGCUCCCACAGCAGGUGGGAUAGCUUCCCCUGAACGAGACCAAUGCCCAGCUGAACUGCCUGAUGCAAAGGGGACAAGUGAACCUGAAGACUGUCCCCUGGUUCCCUCUACUGAGAUCUUUUCUGAGGGAGACAGAGCAGAUGUUGUGUCUAGGCCUAGUUCUUCUCCUAAAACAGUCAGAAGGGCAGAAAGUCCUCUGUGCUCAGAAAAUCAAAGUGCCCCCGUGAGCUUGGAGCCUCCUGCAAGCCUGGGAAAGGCUGAGGAUGAACAAAGCAUCAGUACUGAGACUGAGACUGAAGUUGCCCAGGAGCUGGAUUCUGACCCACUCUCGAAGGAAAGCAGCACUUUGACUAAGAAAAACCCCAGUGACAUUGAGGAAAGUAAGGCAGCAAGUAGUACAGGAAAAUUAGAGGAAGAAGGUGAUGAUAGAAAACAUCCUUCAGAAAAAGAUAUGUGUGAACAAACCAUUGACUCACCUGAAGAGAACUCGGACAAGAAGAAAAAGGGUAAAAAAUGUCCUGAGGCCUCAGAUAGGUGCCUAAGAAGUCAACUUUCAGAUUCGUCCUCUGCCGAUAAGGACCUAAGAAAUCAAAGCUCAGAUUCUUCCUCUGCUUGCCCUGAGGUCAAGGUUUCUAAAAAUCCUGGUGCAGAAUGUUCUGAAAAAGAAGAGUACCCUGGUGGAACAACACCGGAGGGCUUUCUGACCGAGGGUCUCCACCCAAAAGCUAUGGAUGACACCGAAAACCCAUAUGUCAAUGAAAAUCCCUCUGAGAAGGAUGCUGAGCAGGAGGGCGAAGAAGGUGGGAUCAUCACUAGGCAGACUUUUAAAAACAUGCUGGCAAAAGAGGCCAAAAAAGACGAAGGAGAUAUUUUCCCCAACAGUGAUCCUAUUACCACAGUUGGCCAGCCCCUGCCUGGAGAGAGACUGGAAAUCUAUGUCCAGUCUAAGUUAGGUGAGAAAAAUGCCUGUGACCUCUUAGAAAGUGUUCCAUGUCCUUUCCCAGAGCAGUCAGAAGAAAAGCCAGGACCUGUUCCUGCACAAGACGUGGAGGAGGUUGUCAGUGAGAUGGACAGUGCGAACGCCCUGCAUAAAGGUGAUGAUCAUGAUGAGCCAUCCAUCGUGCUCGCGUUGUCAAGCAGUGGAAGUGAUGAUGAUGCUGGGCCCUCAAAAUGGGUACCAAGGCUCACGAGACAGACGUCUUCGAACUACAACCUAAGACAUGCUCAUUCUCUGGACUCCUUGGAUACCACAAAAAUGACUUCAGAAAAGGAAGCAGCACAAGAAAACCCAGUACCCAAGGACGAUGAAGCUUCAGAGAGUGGAGAUCCCAUAGAUGAGGAUGAUGGGGAAGCAGUGGUCGACGACCAGCCCAAGUUUAUGGAAUGGUGUGCCGAGGAGGAAAACCAAGAGCUCAUCGCCAACUUCAAUGCCCAAUACAUGAAAGUUCAGAAAGGCUGGAUCCAGCUGGAGAAAGAAGGCCAGCCAACACCAAGAGCAAGGAACAGGUCGGAUAAGCUGAAGGAGAUUUGGAAAAGCAAGAAAAGGUCACGGAAAUGUAAGGGUCCACUGGAAGCUCAAAAAUUUUCUCCUGUUCAGAUGCUGUUUAUGACAAACUUUAAAUUAUCUAAUGUUUGUAAAUGGUUCUUAGAGACAACUGAAACCCGGUCUCUGGUCAUUGUGAAGAAGCUCAACACUCGUCUUCCGGGAGACACACCUCCUGUCAAGCAUCCUCUUCAGAAGUACUCACCUUCCAGCCUGUACCCCAGCUCACUGCAGGCCGAACGCUUGAAAAAACACUUGAAGAAAUUUCCCGGAGCUACUCCUGCAAAGAACAACUGGAAAAUGCAGAAGCUCUGGGCCAAAUUUCGCGAGAAUCCUGACCAAGUGGAGCCAGAGAAUAGCAGUGACGUCAACCGUGGCCCCAGUUCUGAAGACAGAAAAGAGGAAGUCAAGGAAGGUAGAAAUAGCCAUCCUUCUACGAGCUCACCUACUCCAGCCAGUACCCGGAUCCUUAGAAAGUAUUCCAAUAUUCGAGGAAAGCUCAGAGCUCAGCAGCGCUUGAUCAAGAACGAGAAAAAGGAAAGCCCUUUUGGUCUGGCUGUGGAAGGUAAACAGAGUUGUAAAAGUGUGUGCAUCCACCCUCUGAUGUCCCCCAGGCAUGCCCUGCAGGUGGAUGCCUACGGGUUUCCCAUUAAACCCAAGCGUGCUGAUGGGACAAAGGGAAGGAAAGGGAAGCAGAUGUCUGAAAUCUUGCCGAAAGCAGAAGUUCAGAAUAAACGCAAGAGGACCGAAGGUGGCAGCACUCAGGACAGAAAGGACAAGGGACCGGUGAUGAAAGCCAGCAAAGAAAAACGUAUCGAUGGAGCCACCAAAACCCCUGCCGCCAAGAAGCCAGCUGCAAGGGAUAGAGUCAGCCACCUGCCCAAAAAGACAUCUUUGAAAGAAAAUAAAGUGAAGAUCCCUAAAAAGUCCUCUGGGAAGAGCUGCCCUCCCUUCAGGAAAGAAAAAGAGAACACAAACAAAAGACCUACCCAGUCCCCCGCCUCAGAGACAGUGACUAAACCUGCAAAGCAAAAAGGUGCAAAUGAAUCCUCUUCAAGGCCACAGAAAGCCGCCAACAGAAAGCAGAACAGUGGAAAGGCUGGGGCCAGACCCUUGAUGAAAACCCCGGAGAACAGUGCAGCCCAGAGAAAGCGAAAGCUGAAGGCAAAGCUGGACUCUUCCCACAACAAACGGCAGCGGCUGGACGCAAAGUGAUCCGAGGGGUGGCAGCCAAGAGUAAAACUGUUCUAUAGAAGGAACCCUUUAUUUUGCAUUAACUGAAUCCGCUUUUCUAAGCUUAUCAAGCCUUUCAAACCUGCAGUUAAUGGAGAACACCACAAUUUAAGAUGCCAGAAAAUGCAUCUCAGGUGGAGAAGGAAGCUUGCAGUCUUUCUCCGAGGCUGAGUAAGGGAAGUUAUAUAUUAUAUUCUGGUUGUUCCUUGGGUUUUAAACUUGGAACCAAGCAGUUGUAGUUUUUAAAAGUACAGUGCCUUAUUUAUCCCUUUUGUGUUUAAAAUUUACAAAAGCUAAAAAGCUGAUCUAUGUGAUAAAGGCUUGUAUUUUAUACUUGAUGCACAAGCACUUGUACUGUAGCCGAGAAGACCACCGUCAUGCACAUAAAGUAGCUUUCCAGCAGCUCCCUGCAGUCUGUACGUGAGCAGAUGCUCCUCUCUACAACCCCAGCAGUGAACUUCCCUCUCUGUCUGGUUUGUCUGUUUAAAUGAUAUUUGAAAGCUAAACCAAAUCAUUUUUAUGGUAUGUGGAGAAUGCAGAGGGCAUUUAUAAUUGUUGUAAAAGAUUAGUAUUUCUGUUACCCCUUUUUUAAAAAUCAUAUUCAUUGUAGGCCACUCCUACCUUUGAUCUUUUGUCAUUUGAAAAAAAAAUGGAUUCUAAAUUAUGUGCCCAUGAGACAAAAGGUAUGUUACCAGGUAUUGAUUUUGGUUUAUGACCUCUAAAAAUUAUUUGCAAUACUUGUCCUUACCAUCAUUUUCAUUUUGGGCCUUGAGCUUGCUAGCACUCUAACAAAGUUCCCCCACCCCCGCUUAUAGCUGUAAUUUGCCAAUUAGGAUGAAAGUGACUAUGCUAAUUUUCUUUUUUACCCUGAGUACUUCCAUAUUCAAAAAGAGCCAAAAUGUUAUUUCCAGUAGUAGAAAAGUUUAAGAGUGUGUGUGCAUGUGCAUUUGGGUACAUUUGCCUCUGGCUAUUGGCCACAAAUGUCUCCUAACCCCAGUUCCACAGUAAAUUCUUUCUUCCCCAUGCUCUGUGCUAGGGGAUUCGUGAACUGGGUGCCAAGGCUUUCUGUGAACAUCCUGCAAACCAUUCUGGCACUGGGCUCAGAAAGGUCAAAAGAGCACAGAGUUAUGUAAAGGCCACAGCAGACUUGCAGUUGGAGGAAGCAGCUCCAGUAUCUUAUAGUGGCCCCACAUGGCCUGCACCCGAGCUAAUGUUAUGUGGAAGUACAAGUUUAGAAUGGGGUCCAUUCUGAUUGGUUAGCACCGUACUCAUAGUUCAUGCUUGUAGUAUCACUCCUGCCUUGGCCAUGUCAGGCUCAAAAGUGAGAGCUGCAGUAUUUGUAAUUGAUCAUGUUUGCCUUUCCCGGGUGAAGCCUCAAAUGGGUGCAUUGGCUUUACCUUGGUGCCUAUGACAUUGCUCCAUUAUGACACCGUGUGUACUCAACAUUUCCAUUGGGCCAUUCUGUAAAAAGGCUUAGUUGUUAAAGCCUCAACCAGUUUCUCAAACAUGCUCUGUCACCAACACAGGCUUAAAAGGACAGCUGCUGCUCUGUCCUUUCUAUUAAAAAUUGUUCCAUUUAGAUUGUUUCAGACCAGUUUAGAUAAACCCAGAUGGACUUUUUUUAUGCUUUAGUUUGUUUAGAUUAUGAUAAAACAGGCCUUCUAUCCAAUCUGUAAAAGGCUUGCUGUAUAUGUACAAUGAAAACUUCUGAUGAUUGGAUAGGCCUGGAAAAAAGCAUUUGAUUCAUGGGAAAUGGAGAGUUGUAUUGAAUUUCAUAGAUAGUGAAGCCUAUCUUCAGUGAAGCCGUGAUUUUUUUUCCUAAUGUCUCCUCUAUCCCAUAAGUCUCAAUUUUUUUUAUAUAUAUAUCUUUGACUAUGGCCAAUGAAGAGCUACCUAUGUUAAUGAAACUGCUGAGUGUGUAUGUUGGCAACCCUUUCUCAGCAUUAAGUUGCACAAAAGCAUUAAUAUGUUUUGAGUAAGUUCGCUUAAUCUUUAAAAGUGGUUUUAAAGUUUAAAAAAAUCUUUAUGUAGAGUCGUCACUGGAUAUUGUUUUUGUGGUGACUUAUAGCUGAGGUUUGCCGAUGUCAGGUGUGCGGAUUCCUGUACAUGCGUUCAAGAUGCCCCCUUAGCUGCACAUAGACGACCUUGGAAGGGUGCUUGCAUUAUGUUAGAGAGAGGUGUGAGGCAGUAGGUGGGUGGAACUAUUCCAGUUCCAGAUUUAUAAUUCAUUCCAUUACUUUUCUACAUUCUUUUUCUUUUGUAAAAGUUCACUUCAAGAUAAUAGCCUUCUCUCCCAUUCUAAAAAGCAUUUGAGAAAAGUUAUCAAUGUGUGUGUAUGUAUUUAUUUAUACACUUAAUGCAGUGGAUCAUCUUUAAAAUCAACUUACACUAUAGUAGUGACUACACUUAAAUAGACUGGGAUUCUGCAUAAUUAUGAGAUUAAAAGUUUAGAAUUAUUUUUGUAUUUGUUGAAUCUUGUUUUUGCUGAUUCAGUUAAUUUUGGAGAGAAAGAAAGAAAGAAAGAAAGAAAGAAAGAAAGAAAGAAAGAAAGAAAGAAAGAAAGGGAAUUAAUUAAUUUGAGGACUGUCUCCAGAAGGCCUUUUUACACUUAAAGCCGAUGCUGUCCCCAGAUACCUCCAAGCCCAGGCUUUGAUAUUGACUCAAGUCUCCCCUUGUCCCCCCUCUCUUGCAAAGACCUCCUUCUCAUAGCCAUCGCCACAGUAUGGCUUGCCACCAGAUGGCUUGUCCCACAUUCUAGAUUCCAGAUCAGAAGGAAAUUCUGCUUCUGGGCCUGAGCUCAGUGAAGUGAUUGUCCUAAUGGAGCCCCAGUGGAUGCCCAGAGACCACUGAUAGUAUCUCUUAGCUUUGGGGGAAGCACCACUGAAGCUCCACCCAGAGCUGGGUCCUCUUCUGCAGACACAUCUUCCGUCCUGUGAGGCUCCCUGGGCCUGGGAGGACGCCCUGAGCCUCACCCCCGCACUUCCUCAGGCAUGUAGUGCAGCAGGAAGGCCGUGCUCCUUGGUUCUGCUCUUGAGCUUUCCUAGAUAGGAAUGUGAUUAGCAUCUGUUCAUCUGCAGUUGCUGGCCCCUUCGAUCCCUUAGGUAGCCAGUUCUGUUGUGUCUGUAUUUCAUUAAAGACUUCUACAUGGGCCUUACCUUAAAGAAAUAAUCGUGAGCUGUGGCUUCCAUGCCUCAUUGCUGCUGAGGUGAUGUAGAUAGAGAGGUGCAGUUAGUCAUCCCUCCACAUAUGCGGUACUUUUCAUGAAUUCUCUACACAUCACACACUCGGGGCAGUGAAUCUCUCCCUGUUCAGACAGGUCAUCAAAAAAACACUUCCAGGCAGUUACUUUGAAUUGAAUUUGGGGUCUCUGUCCUGCCUUGUGAUGGAUUCUGUGGUGAGGGCGGGAGUUGUCACUCAUGAGGGGCAGCGUUCCUGUUGAUGAGUGGAGCUAAGAGCCUGGUAGGAAAGGACUGCUGUGUGAUGCAGGCUGGCAAGGCUCUGGUGUCACCAUCCACAGGCUGGUGUUGUCAUCGUCCCUGGGACGGGGCUGGCAUUUCCCAAGAUGCUGGCCCAGGAGCCACACCCAAUCCUUUCGGUUUUAAGGCUCUCUGUUGGCUUAGAAACAACUUAUCAAGUCUGCAGAACGUGGGCUGGUUCCUCUUUUGUAAAUAAAAGUUUAUUGGAACAAAGCUACGCCCAUUUGUGUCUGGGUUGUCUGCAGCUGCAUUCCAGCAGAGUUGAGGAGCUGCAACAGAGACCAUGUGACCUACACAGCCUGAAAUACUUACUGUCUGGACCUUUAAGAAAAAGUUUGCCAGCCUUGCUUGAGAAAAUAAUCCUUUUUCAGGAACAACCUUCCCUGAUGUAUCUUCUCCUUUCUUCUGCCUCUUUCCCUCUGUCCACUUCUUUCCUGCUCCUCCUUAUCUUACCUCAACUUUAUUCUUCCUUUACAUUUUUAAAUUUCUUCUUGCAACAGAAGAGACAGGUUACAUCAUUGCUUUAGCACAUUGAAUACCAUCUCCUGAAACUUGAGCUACCUUAGCCUCAUAUCUUCCUUCUUAGAAUCACCCAUCACAGUAACCAAAACGAGACGGCCUAUAGAGUCAGCCUGUGAGCAAAUAGGAAUUCUAAAAUUAUGAGGCCUGGGCCUCUCAUUUCACUUUUUUUUCCAAUCCUCAUCCCAGGAUAUCCUUUCCGAUGAUCCUUAGAGAGAAAGUCAGAGAGGAGGUGGUCAGAUAGAGAAACAUCGAUCUCACAUCAACUGAUUGCCUCCCACACACACAACCUGGGCCAGGGAUCAAACCUGCAAUCAAGGUAUGGGCCCUUGACCAGGAAUCGAACCUGCAACCCUUGGGUCUUGUGGGCUGAUGCUCUAACCACUGAGAUAAACCGGCCAGGGCUCAUUUCACUAUCAUAGACCUGACACCAGCCUCACUUCUUAUUUAUUUUUAAAGUAAGUCAAGAUUUUAUUUCUUUCCAAAUUCGUUGAGACUGCAUAAGUUGAUGUUCAGUUUUCUGAACCUCACAUUCAUAUGGAAAAAGUCUUCACAGAGGGGAAACAAAGUCCAAUCACAAACCCAAAGCAUUGUUGAUUAUGUAAUAUUUUGGGCCAGCUUCUAGGAAAAUAAAACUAUUGGCACUGAUUUUCCCCCCCAAUCCCAUACUCUUCUUUCAAAUUAAUUUUAUUAAAGACAAGCCAACAAAUAAAAAAUGUGAGUAAGAAAUCAUGUUUAUUAUGUACAUCAUAUCGUGGUUAGUAUUCCCUGUGCAUGUCAUCAGGGGGGGGAAAUAAAAAGAUAUUUGUAUUUAAAACAGCAGAAUUGGGAAGCCUUUGAGACAGCUAUUAAUAUAAUUCAUCCCUUGAGCCUGGCUAGGCUCAGUGGUUGAGCAUCAACUAUGAACCAGGAAGUCAUGGUUAGAUUCCUGAUCCGGGCACAUGCCCAGGUUGUGGGCUCAGUCCCCAGUGCAGGGCGUGCGAGAGGCAGCUGAUUAAUGAUUCUUUCUCAUCACUGAUGUUUCUAUCUCUCCUCUCCCUCCCUCUCUGAAAUCAAUAAAAAUAUAUUUAAAAAUGUAUAUAUAAUUCUUCCCUUGAAACAUCAAAAUAUACUACUCUGUUCUACAGUAGAUGGAUUGGAAAACUUUGAUGGUCUGACUUCUUUAAUAAUAAGUCAUAUUCAGGUCGAAAACCAGAGCUCUGGUGCUACUUCAGGCUCAGAGCUUUGUCAGGCUGUGCUGGGGACUGGGAACCACCGUGGGCACUUGGCAGAGGGUAUCCUUGCUCAUGCUUUUGUCUUUGGAAUUGAGCUGAAGUUGGUCUGGUCCAUUACCAUCCCUCUGUCUGAUCUUCCUUUUCUCAGUGCUAGUGGUUGACUCUCUGAAUUUCAGAGCCAUCUGUUGCUCCAUCCUUCAGUUCUGUUCGUCUGCUGAGCACAAUGACACACAGGCCCUCUUGCCUUUCGGGGACCAUUCCAUUUAACACAAGGAACUCAGUAGGUGAGCCAUGUGAAGUGUGGGCUUCCCAUUAAAAGAAACAACUACACACUCAUGGUUGUAUAAUAUGCCAGAGAUUGGAAGAGUGCAUUUUGCUUUUUUUAAAAUGGUUAUUUAAAAAAUAUAUUAAUGCCCUAGCUGGUUUGGCUCAGUGGAUAGAGCAUUGGCCUGCAGACCGAAGGAUCUGGGUUUGGUUCCGG